AUGUCAAGACAAUCGGAUCUUUUUUUGGCUUCGGUACUGUACCGAACACACGCUUACCAUUGUAACACGAUGAUUAUGAAAUUGAUUUUAUUGAUGAUUGCGCUCGUUACCGCACUUCCGAGUUGUAGCGCUUUCGUGAAAGGAAGUCAGACACAGAGAUUCGAGCUUGGACUGCGUUCAACAAAUCCUACUAUUCCUACUGCGGCAGAGGUCGACCGUCUUAAAUCCGGUCUAGUUCGUAUCUGUACCAGCAAGCCAAAACCAGAUCGCGAAGAGAUCCGGACCCUUGUCUCCAAGUUGGAGGAAAUUGCAGAGCAGGUUGGGGUCGGUCAAGCUUCAUCCCAUGCUGGGUUGCUUUCUGGCGAAUGGGAGCUGCUGUAUUCACCCGAAGACAAAACUCGAUCUUCACCUUUCUUCUGGGCCUUUCGCAAAGCCUUCCCGGAAAAUUCGGAUCAAAUUUUUGGAAUUACAGAUUCCUUCCCUGUCGCAAUCAAAGAAGUAGGCCCUGCAUUCCAGCAGAUCAACUUGAACGUUUCGACACAAACGGGUCGGUUCGUUUCUCGUGUCAAGGUCGCUACUUUGGGCGGAGCAGCAACUUCGAUUAUGACAACUCGUGCUGCUAUAACAGGGAUAGAUGGAAUAGAUGGGAUUUGCUUGACGAUUGAAACGACAAAGCCCGAGGAUAGCACAAUCCUUUCGAAAGUCUUCGGUCCGUUAGGCGAAAUAAUUAACGAGAACGCUCCACCGUUCCCUAGCGGAGAAGCACUCGAGAAGAUCCGCCCAGGGUCAUCACAAGUAGUCCUGCGUACCUCCUUUUGUGACGAAGGGCUCAGAGUCAGCCGAGAUGGCGAUCGACCGAGCGAUAUCUAUGUAUGGAGACGUCGGGAGUUCGCGAACUUUGAUUUCCUCUAACUUACAGAUUCAACCUAGAUUGGAAGUAAUGCUUGCGAUGAGAAGCCUUUAGACAUUAGAGAGCCACCAUUUUGCUCUUCUUGAGACGUCGGUCCUUACCCAUUGCUAUAAAGCACACCGAUUUCG